CUCUACAUCGCGCUUGUGGAAGGGUAGUUCGCAGCCGAUUUUAGAACCGCCGAUUUCAGACUGAGUCUCAUAAUUUUCUAUUGCCGACUAUAAGCGCCGGGAUCCCUGCUAGGGUUUUAGGGAAUCCCCGCUUAACACGAAUCAGACUAGGCAUCCCAAACCCUAAACUAUUUCAACAGAAAUCUCGGUCCUCCCUCUCUCUCUCUUCCAAUAUCUCUUCGUAUCAUUUCACCGACUGCGAGAUUUCCAUUUCGAAAACCCUCAAUCCAGUUUAGAGCUCAGAUUCUAUCCUUUGUCCAGCCGAAACCCUCGGAAAGCGAAGGAUUUCUUACGUAUAGAGAUGGAUUUGUAGCCCAGCUUACCAAGAUCGCGCAUUUGGUGGUUUAGAGAUGGCGUCCACCAUGACCGGCGGCCAGGGCUCGGCCCUGAAGAGGCGGGAAUCUACGGCGACGAGGGAAGGGGAUCGGCUCACCAUCACCCCAUUGGGCGCCGGCAAUGAGGUGGGGCGCUCCUGUGUGUAUAUGUCCUACAAAGGGAAGACCAUCUUGUUCGACUGUGGAAUCCAUCCAGCGUACUCGGGGAUGGCUGCCUUGCCAUAUUUUGAUGAGAUCGAUCCUUCGACUAUCGACGUGCUUCUUGUGACUCACUUUCACCUUGAUCAUGCUGCCUCAUUGCCAUACUUUCUGGAGAAGACUACUUUCAAGGGCCGGGUUUUCAUGACGCAUGCAACUAAGGCUAUUUACAGGUUGCUUUUGUCAGAUUAUGUGAAAGUGAGCAAAGUUUCUGUUGAGGAUAUGCUGUAUGAUGAGCAAGAUAUUCUUCGGACAAUGGACAAAAUUGAGGUCAUUGACUUCCACCAGACACUUGAAGUGAAUGGCAUUCGCUUUUGGUGCUACACUGCUGGUCAUGUUCUGGGUGCUGCCAUGUUCAUGGUUGAUAUUGCUGGUGUCCGGGUUCUAUACACUGGUGACUACUCUCGUGAAGAGGACCGCCAUCUCCGAGCUGCGGAAAUUCCACAAUUCUCCCCUGAUAUCUGUAUCAUCGAGUCCACCUACGGUGUCCAGCUCCACCAGCCCCGCCUCAUCCGAGAGAAGCGCUUUACAGAUGUCAUCCACUCAACCGUCUCUCAAGGUGGCCGUGUGCUUAUUCCGGCUUUUGCCCUUGGCAGAGCCCAAGAACUCCUCCUCAUCCUGGAUGAGUACUGGUCUAACCAUGCAGAGCUCCAUAACAUUCCCAUCUACUAUGCCUCCCCUCUUGCCAAGAGAUGCAUGGCUGUCUACCAGACCUAUAUAAAUUCCAUGAAUGAGAGGAUUCGGAACCAGUUUGCAAACUCAAACCCAUUCGAUUUUAAGCACAUCUCUCCGUUGAAGAGCAUAGAGAACUUUGAUGAUGUGGGUCCAUCAGUGGUUAUGGCAAGUCCAGGUGGCCUCCAGAGUGGGCUUUCUAGACAACUGUUUGAUAAAUGGUGCACAGAUAAAAAGAAUGCUUGUGUUAUUCCUGGGUAUGUUGUGGAAGGGACACUCGCAAAAACCAUCAUCAACGAGCCAAAAGAAGUCACCCUAAUGAAUGGCCUCACUUCUCCUCUCAACAUGCAGGUAUAUUACAUCUCCUUCUCAGCUCAUGCGGAUUUCGCACAGACAAGCACCUUCUUAAAGGAGCUCAUGCCUCCCAAUAUAAUUCUUGUCCAUGGAGAAGCCAACGAGAUGGCAAGGCUUAAGCAGAAGCUUAUAACCCAAUUUGCUGAUAGGAAUGCUAAGAUCAUUUCCCCCAAGAACUGCCAGUCAGUGGAGAUGUAUUUUAGUUCUGAAAAAAUGGCCAAAACAAUUGGAAGGCUGGCUGAAAAGACACCAGAAGUUGGGGAAACUGUCAGCGGCUUACUGGUCAAGAAGGGCUUUACAUAUCAGAUAAUGGCACCGGAUGAUCUCCAUAUCUUCUCACAGCUGUCCACAGCGAACAUCACCCAGAGGAUCUCUGUCCCUUAUUCUGGUGCUUUCGGAGUUAUAAAGCAUAGGUUGAAGCAGAUAUAUGAGAGUGUGGAGGCCCCAUCAGAAGAGCCUGAUGUACCAACAUUGAUUGUGCAUGAAAGGGUGACGAUAAGGCAGGAGUCAGAGAACUAUGUGACAUUGCAGUGGUCAUCAGACCCCAUAAGCGACAUGGUUUCGGACUCUGUAGUAGCUAUGAUCUUGAAUAUUAGCCGAGAAGGUCCAAAGGUGACAGCAGUUGCAGAGGCCAAGAAGACAGAGGAGGAAACAGAGAAGAUGGCGCAGAAGGUAAUAUAUGCUCUUUUUGUAUCCUUGUUUGGGGAUGUCAAGAUUGGAGAGGAAGGAACACUGGUUGUGACUGUCGAUGGGGAUGUGGCGCGUCUGGAUGGCAAGAAUGGUGAGGUAGAAUGUGAGAAUGAGGGGUUGAAGGAGAGAGUAAAGACAGCAUUCAGGCGGAUACAAAGUGCAGUGAGACCAAUCCCGCUAUCAGCGUCUUGAGAUGUGUAACGACAGUAUAUUUGCUAUUCAACUCUGCUGACUUUUUGGUGCUAUGUCUCACAUAAGCAGUUAGCAAGAGGCUUUGACCUCAAGGGUCUUGUUGUUUAUGAGAAACUUUUCAGUACUUGUAAUCAUCAAAUUAUCUAACACAACAGGUUUUAUUUUGGAAAUUUGUCCUCAGUCAAGUUUUAUGGGAUAUUUGGAUGGUUGAGGGAGAUGUUGUAGACUUAUUAAUGUCAUUGAGAUUAAUGUCUCUUAUGCAUCCUCUAAUGAAGUUCUUGCAGGGGGUGUUAUUUCAUAAUU